AAUAACUCAAAACCUGGUACCUCUUCAUAAUCUCAAACGUUUUCUAUACUCUACAAACACAUUCAACGAUGGCCACCCUUAAAGUUCCAUCCCAGACUCCCUCUGCAGCCGAAGAUGCUGAGCAACUCCAGAAGGCUUUUAAAGGAUGGGGCACGAAUGAGGCUUUGAUCAUCUCUAUCUUGGCUCACAGAAACGCCGCGCAGCGCAAAUUAAUUAGAGAAGUCUAUGCUUCAACUUAUGGGGAAGACCUUCUUAAGGCACUGGACAAAGAACUUUCAAGUGAUUUUGAGCGGGCUGUGUUGCUAUGGACAUUGACCCCUGCGGAACGUGAUGCAUAUUUGGCCAAUGAGGCGACUAAGAGGUUCACUUCAAGUAACUGGGUUCUCAUGGAAAUCGCCUGCACUAGAUCUUCGCUUGAACUAUUUGCAGUGAAGCAGGCCUACCAGGCUCGUUACAAGAAGUCCCUCGAGGAAGAUGUUGCACAUCACACAACCGGAGACUACCGCAAGCUUUUGGUUCCUCUUGUGAGCACAUUCCGGUAUGAAGGAGAUGAGGUGAACACGUUGUUGGCAAAAUCAGAGGCUAAGAUUCUUCAUGAGAAGAUCUCAGACAAGAAGUAUAAUGAUGAGGAGGUUAUUCGGAUUAUUUCUACACGGAGCAAGGCACAGCUCAAUGCAACUCUUAAUCACUACAACAAUGCAUUUGGAAAUGCCAUCAACAAGAAUUUGAAGGUUGAUCCCAACGACGACUUUCUUAAACUACUGAGAGCAACAAUCAAGUGCUUGACUUGCCCAGAGAAGUACUUUGAGAAGCUUUUGCGCCUUGCCAUCAACAAGUUGGGAACGGAUGAAUGGGCUCUUACUAGAGUAGUAACAACGCGUGCUGAAGUGGACAUGCAACGCAUUAAGGAGGAAUACCGUAAGAGGAACAGUGUCACUCUGGAGAAGGCAAUUGCUGUUGACACUUCUGGGGACUAUGAGAAAAUGCUUCUUGCUUUGAUUGGACAUGGAGAUGCUUAAACAGUAGCUAUGCUUUUAUCUUUUGCUUGUAUGCUUGGCUGAUUUUGCUUGUAUUACUCUGCUUUGCCAGUUUUCUGAGAGUUGUAAGUUGGAACAUGUGGGUGUUUUCUUAAAUAAUGUAAUAUUAAGACUGUUUUUGCCA